UCAUCUCGUACUAGAGAUACAAAUUAAUUAACGAAAAGGAUUCCUUAUUCUCAUGUGAUUACGAAACCUCUUGUAAUUCUUUAUAAUAAGGAAUUGGAUUUGUAACAUAAAUUGUUAUUUAAAAGGGCCAAUUAAUCUGCUAAAACCUCAAAAUUCAAGUUUUUGAAGCUUAAAUAGGUUUUCUUGUUAAUUCGUAUCGUUCUAGAGAGAGACACGAAUUGCAUUAAUUCCAUGGACUCUAAUAAGAAGCCAUGCGUAUGGGUUUCCGAAUGGGCGAGUCUUCCUCUACCUGCCAUCUUUCUGAUACUGAACAAGCUCUUUGAGCAGAUUGACCAUGUUCGUUUCGCCGUUGUUUGCAAGGACUGGCGUUCUCUGUCAAAAGAAUAUAAUCAAGCAACGCAGCGGUGGCGUAACAUUCUUCCCAUGCUCUUGAUCCCCAGCGAAUGCCAUGACAAGAGCAGCCUCACCACCCGAAAACUAGUCUACAGCAUCUCUCAAGGAAAAAUCCUCGACGAGCAUAAGCUGCGAGUGCUUUUUAGAAAGAGGUGUUGCGGCUCCAGCCACGGUUGGGUGGCCACAAUAGAAUACCAAACUGACGAAGGUCUCAUUAUUGCACUCCGCAACUCGUUCAGAAAAGCGUGGUCCAUUUAUCUCCCUCCCUUGGAUGCCAAGGUACCCGAAGGCAACACUGGAUAUCAUGAGUUUUACAUUCCAAAGGUUGUCUUAUCUUCUGAUCCCGCCUUGGACCCCAAAAAUUGUGUGGUUGCUGCAAUCUGCGGUAGCAAUUGCAUCUUGGCUUUCACCAAGAGAGGCCAAACGCACUGGACUUAUAUCAAGCGAAAAUUUUUCUUAUUUGAUGUUAUUUUUCACAAAGGCCACGCUUGCACGGUUGGAACAUUGAGAACUAUCGUGUCGUGGGAUGUGACUAGCCUCGAUUGUAAUCCUUUGGGUCCUCCAAAAGCAAAGAUACUUUCGCAUCGAAAUCGAUCCUACCAGGACCACAAGGCCUAUCUUGUGGAGCUAACGAAUGAAGAUCUAUUGUACGUCCGAAGACUUUAUGAGGCAACCAUAGAUGGUCCCACCAAGAGCGUGUAUUUUCGGACUACGGGCUUCAGGGUUUACAAGUGUGUGUUCAACCACCCAGACGGAACGAUUGCAGACUACGUUGAGGUGAAAAGCAUCGGAAACGAGACUCUAUUUGUGGGCGACAAUCACUCACUCUCUAUUUUGGCCUCCAACAUACCUACAUGCCGGCCGAACUCCAUAUACUUCACGGACGAUCUAGCACCAUCAUUUCGCGGGUUUGAAAUAUCUGAUGGAACAAGACCAAGUGAUGAUAUGGGUAUCUUUAACUUGGAGGACGGAACUAUCACACAACAUUACUCUCUAGAUUCAAGAUUGCGAGGGUACAUACCACCCGCGAUUUGGGUAGUGCCGCCCUUUGAUGGACUCUGCUAG